AUGAUUUCGGAAAGGGUGUUAGCUCACUACGAUCCUGAUGAGGAAUUAACAUUGGCCUGCGACGCGUCGCACUAUGGUUUAGCAGCGAUUUUAUCGCACAGAUACAAAGAUGGCUCGGAGAAGCCAAUCGAGUUCGCUUCGAAAAAAAUUCCAGACAAAGAAUUGAACCGUGCGAUUAAUGACAAAGAAGCGGCGGCGAUUGUAUUCGGGUUUAAACAAUUUUACAGUUUUGUAUUCGGUCGAAAAGUAAUUCUGCGCACAGAUCACAAACCGCUAGAAUUUAUUUUCAGUCCGAAAAAAGGUAUUCCGCAGACGGCAGCUUCAAGACUGCAGCGGUGGGCGAUUGUUUCGUCAGGAUUCGAUUACGAGAUCGAAUGGAUAAAAUCGAGCGAAAACGCUAAUUGCGACGCGUUGUCGAGACUUCCAAUUGAGGACACGACCGAACUUCAAGACUGCAGCGGUGGGCGAUUUUUUUUGUCAGGAUUCGAUUACGAGAUCGAAUGGAUAAAAUCGAGCGAAAACGCUAAUUGCGACGCGUUGUCGAGACAUCCAAUUGAGGACACGACCGAAGUAUUCGGGAAUACGUAUUCGCAGCUUCACUGUAUAAUAGACGAAGCAAAAGUAGUCGAUUACGAGACGGUGGUAAAAGAAACGAAAAGAGACGCAGUACUAUCGCGCAUAAUGAAAUUUUGCAUUUUCGGCUGGCCCAGAGACAGUAAAGACCUCUCAGAGAUCGAAAAGAAGUUUUUUGCAAAGCAAAAUGAGUUGUCAAUCGAAGGAAAUUGCCUGUUCUGGGGUUACCGAAUGGUAAUUCUGGAAAGUUUACGCGAUAAGAUCCUGAACGACCUUCACUUGUCUCACUUGGGGAUCGUUAAGAUGAAAGCAAUGGCACGCUCGUACGUGUGGUGGCCAGGUAUCGAUGCGGACAUCGAAGAUAUAGCUAACUUUUCUGAUACAUGCGCAGUGAAUCGAAGGUCACCGCCACGCGCACCACUUACACCAUGGCCAUGGCCAGAAAGAGCGUGGCAAAGGGUUCAUUGUGAUUUUUUGGGCCCUUUCCAGGGAGACAUGUAUUUAGUAGUGCUGGACUCUUUCUCAAAGUGGCCAGAGGUCAUUAAUUUUAAGCACGAUACCAGAGCGUGUAAAUUAGUCCAGGUAUUCGAAAUGUUAUUCGCGAGACACGGACUGUGCGAGCAUUUAGUCUCGGAUAAUGGCAGACAGCUGGCAAACGCCGAGUUUCGCGAGUACCUACAAAAAAACGGAGUGAAACACAGUUUUUCGCCGCCAUAUCACCCGGCGACGAACGGGGCCGCGGAAAAUUUCGUAGGAACGUUCAAGAACAAGGUGACAAAAAUUAUGAAAGGGGGGAAGAAGGUAGACACAGCGGUCUACCAAUUUCUAUUUGAUUAUCGUAGUGCUCCACACAGCACGACCGAAAAAUCACCGGCGCAAUUAUUGUACGGACGCGAAAUUAGAACACGAUUCGACUUGCUACGUCCCAAUCUACGGGUCAAAGUUGAAGAGAAACAGAACGCGCAAAUCGCAAGCCGACCUCGCUCGCGUAAGGUUGAUUUACAAGAAGGCGACUCGGUCUUGAUAGACAAUUAUGGGAAGUUAGGCGGGAAGCGAAUAAAAGGCGCGAUCGCGAAAAAAUUGUCACCGUCGACUUACCAAGUCCAGACCGAGUCAGGCAUUGUAGCGAAGCGACAUACAGAUCAAAUCGUGAAACCCUUGCGACGUUCCGAGCGCAUCGCCCGUAGGAAACAUAUUUAA